CUAUGUGCGAACUUUCACCGGGGGUCAAACGGUGAUGUUAACGCGUUCCGGAAGCCGUGCAGAGAGAGCUUCAGGCCGACGUUUGUUGUUAUUGUUGGGAAUUACUUUGGAUCCGCUAAACAGCUGUCUCAGAGUCUGGUCAGCGGAGAAGCGAGUUGUUUUCCCGGCGCAGGCUGAAGUCCUUUUCCCCCGGCGGAUGAAUGGCAGUAACAGCGGUGAGAGCGGUGGCAGCCGCGGGGGGUCCGGCGUCUUUGUCCCGCUUCAGGGGCGCGCUGGUUGCGGGUGUGCUGGGAGACUGUAUCGGAGGAGAGUUUGAAGGGGCGGAGGAGGUUCCCAUGGAGAGUGUGCUGCAGCACCUCGGCAGCCUGGACGACGAAACUAAAGGAAACGGGAUCCUUGAAUACAGUGAUGACACAGCCAUGGCGCGCUGUGUGGUUCAGUCUCUACUCACCAGGACUGGCUUUGAUGAGCACGACAUGGCUCGCAGGUUUGCUAAGGAGUACAGUGCUUCCCCACAUCGUGGUUAUGGCGCUGGAGUGAUCCAGGUGUUGAAGAAGCUCUCGUCCCCCCAGUUAAGUGAUGUGUAUCAGCCAGCCAGGGACCAGUUUAGCGGUCGGGGCUCCUUUGGGAACGGAGGGGCCAUGAGAGCAGCCCCUUUCGCACUGGCCUUUCCGGACAUGGCUGAUGUUAAAAGGUUUGCCCGUCUGGGCGCCAUGCUGACGCACUCCUGCUCUCUGGGUUAUAAUGGGGCGGUGCUGCAGGCAUUAGCUGUGCACCUCUCCCUGCAGGGGGCGCUGGACUUGCCUCACCAAUUCAUUAGCAGGCUAAUUACAGAGAUGGAGGAGGUGGAGGGUGAUGAGGCCGCACGCAACGAUGCAAGAAUUUUAAAAGAAGCAGAGAAGCCAUUCUGUGAACGUCUCCACCGAAUUAGAGACCUGAUGGACAGGAGCAAAGUCAGCAUAGAGGAAGUCAUCUCUGAACUGGGUAAUGGCAUUGCAGCACUCCACUCUGUCCCCACUGCAAUCUUCUGCGUCCUCCACUGCCUACAGCCACGGGAAUGCAUUCCAGAGAGCUACGGUGGCGUGGAGAGGACGAUAGCGUACAGCCUGGCACUGGGAGGGGACACUGACACCAUAGCCUGCAUGGCCGGGGCCAUUGCUGGGGCCCACUAUGGCAUCGACACCAUCCCUCAGUCCUGGAUAAAGUGCUGCGAGGGGGCGGAGGAUGCAGACCAGAAUGCAGAGAGGCUGUUCACGCUGUACCACCAGUCGCCACAAGGUGGCAGAAGCGAGACAGGCGAGCAUAGUGGCGCUUCUAAUGGCACAGAGAAGAAAACUAACUAAAAGACUCACACACAUGAAAAAAAAGACUUUAAAUUUUUAGUUUUAGAGCUUUAUUGUUUGGAAAAGCCUUUUUUUUUAAUCCCACUGAUAUUAAAUCAUUUAAGCUUUCAGGAGGAAAGUGCUUUUUCCAAACUGUCAAGAUGAAAAUUAUUAAGUAACUGAACAUUAGAGCUGAACAAAAUUUCCAGUCUUAAUUUUGAGAAUGUGAACUCCAGUCCAAAAAAUUGUCUAAAUAUGAAUAAACAGCGUAUUCAUACACUUCCUCUGUUCUUUGCUCUUCCCUGAUUUGUGUUGAACAAUCUUGUCUCGUGAAAGUUGCACUAUAAAUGA